UUGAUAACCAACCAGCACAUUGUUUGAUUAACAGGGCGUUAGUUUGUUUGAAUUCUUCGACAUCCGUGCAUUGCUAUGGGGAAUUAUUUGUCAACCAAAUAUAUUCUUCCUGAAGAAACACUUGUCACUUAUGUGGAAUUAACAUACUUAGGAAAGAAUGACAUACAGUAUAUCGUUAAAAUGCUUGACAAUGUAAAUCCAGGAAAACUUCGUGAAAAUAUACAGCAUCGUUUCCCUAUUGAUGAAGUUGAAAGCAUAUUGCCACAAAUUCGAUGCAGCCCAUUUCGUGAUUCAAUAUAUCGAGUAUUUUCUUCACAAAAAGACAAUCAUUUAAGUUUGGAAGACAUAUUGGAUUUAUGUUCUGCCUUCUCUAAACAUUGUCCUUCGAAAAUUCGUGCUGCUUGGGCAUUUUACAUUUUUGACUUCGACGGCGACAAUCAAAUCUCAGUGGACGAUUUGAUCGAAACUGUGCACAGAUUGACACGGAGCGACCAGGACGAACAUGAAACCAUUGAUUCGACGACAGCGGAACACGUCGCGCGAAUGAUACUUCAAGAGAUGGUGUUCACUCAACAGGGAAGCAUUUCCUUCGAAGAAUUUAUACGUUUCGCUUCGAGAAUUGCAGAAUUCUCGUCAACAUUCUCGUUUCAUUUUAAUGUUUAAUUAUGCUCGUAUUAUGGUAAUUAUUUCUGUAACUUCGAUAUGCAUAUUGGAGCAAGUGUACGACUUUGUACUCCAAAUUCAUGUGCAUGCAUAUCAUUACAUAAUUAAGUAAUAAUUAUAUAAUUUUCUCAAAAAGGUAUUUUCACAAAUUAAUUCUAUUCGAAUGGAAUUAUCGACCAUUUUGUAAGGAAAAAUACACGCAUAGAUGUGCUUUGCAAUGAAUUUCACAUAAUAUAUUCAAUUGCAUGUUGCUUUACAACUGAAAAAUGUUAUUAUUCAUGGUUACUAUUAUAUUAUUGUACAUGGUAAUACAAAUUUAUAGCACUGUCGGGGGUAUGCUUCUAAAUACGCAUAAUUAUCGAUUUUGUAACCUUAGCGAUAUAAUUAAUGCUUCAAUUAUUAGAUCGUAUCUCCUACAUAGAAAUUUUCCAUAUCCUAAACGAAAAUUUUAUUGUAUACAGAUCGAUAUACUUAUUGUCAUUUAUUUGAUAAGGAGAGUUCAUUUCUUAGAAGGAUAUGUAGAAUAAUAAUGGUAUCGAUUGCAUUAGAUUGGUGGAAAAUAAAUGACCUAUCGCUAUUUACAUUUUUAAUUCAUUACCAAAAUAUACAAUCUUACUUAUUAUUAAUUUGUUCAGUAAAUAAUCACGGUUAUCAACUAUUUAUGAGACUACUUUAUUAUUUUCUUUCUUUAAAAAUAUCUAUAAAUUUAUCGAACCGUUCUACCUUAAAAAAUUAUUUAAUUUUCUCCAAAAUAUAACAACAGACGAGGCAGACAAACAUAAACGAAUUCAUAUUUCAACUUUAUAGCACUUACAGCGAUAUAUAUGUACGUAUAUACAACUAACAAAGCGUUGCAUUAUUUUUUGUAGUUUAACUUUUGGAAUAAAAGAUAAUUAGGAAUGAUAGACAAUUGACAUUAUAACCGCACGUUUUAAACAGCGAUUUAUUUCCCACCAAUGCAUUAUAACAAAAAUGUCACAUAUUAUCAAUAGAUAUAAUAUUGUAAAGGAAUUUAUGGUAUGUAUAUAUAAGGAUAAGAGAGGGAGAGAAAAUUUACUGCGGAACAGAGCAGGCAAGUAUUGUAGAAAUUUGUAGAUUUUGUUGUCUUGUAACCUCAUAGCGGAAUCAGUAAAUUAAAAAGCUACUAAAAAGAGAUUCCAAUGUUUUUCUAAUAAUUAAAUAUACAUACAAUAUUUAGCAAAAGGAUAUUUUCUCCAAGUAUGAAAUAAAUACUUAUUUCACAUUUUAAAAAAAUAUUUUCCCAGUAUACAAGGAAUACCUGUUUUAUAUUAUGGAGAAAUUAUUUUUUUAGAAAUAUGAAACCAACGAAGUUGUUUAAUAUUAGAAAAAAAUAUUUUUCUCGAGGAUGUAAAACAUACCUAUUUUAUAUUACAAAAA